AUGUCAAGGCGGGUGGCCAUCUCCCUGUAUCGACGGGCGUUGAAGGUUCUGGCGUCGGUGGAUCACAUUGGCGCCGCACACCUCGCGAUGGAACGGUACGCUGAAUUUCUCCCGCCAUUAUUCGUCUUGGAGGAAGGCGAGAGCCUCAACGCCAUCUGCCGCAGGGCGUUCGCAACGACUCCUGAAAGCGCAGAGUCUCUGGCAAAGGGGUUUUCGUUUAUAAAAGUUGCAGCCGAGUCCCUUUUUGACCUGGAACUCCUUUCCCUAUGGAAAACAUGCUCCAGUGAUAAUGCGUUUGAGCUCCUUCAUGGAAUUGCGAUUGCCACCGCCGCCCUGCAGCUCGCUGGGAGCUCGAACGCCAUACCAGUAGGGGGGAUCACCGACACGGUGGAGAGUAUAAAGAAGGAUCUACUCCGUGUUAUCGAUGAAAUGAAGGAUUUGCUUCAAUCCAAGUCUCGUGCUCUCGGGCGCCGUGAGAGCAGGAAGCUGUCUGCUGCUUUUCUCNCCUCUGCUGUGAAACUUUUGCAGGAGGACGGCUAUCAGGUGAGCGAGGGAUCAGCGGAGGACUACUCUGCUGUCAAUCUCCUCAUCACCAGACAGGCGUCUGUCGAUGUUCUCAACACCCUUUUGGCUGUGACACUACGCGAGCUUGAUGUGCCGUGCGCUAUGGCUGGGUUGGACACACACCAUCCAUGGGUGCGUGUGCAGAAGGAGGGUGGACGCCCACUCUUUCUCUCUUUUGCUCACGAAGGAGGACACAGAGAAAGGGAAGUGGUGCGACUGAGCGCCCACCCACACAAGUUGUCAGAGUGCUGGCGAGGUGCCCAGUGGAACGGUACAAACAGGAAACAUCUUCUAUGCAAAUUGCUACGGAACCAGCUAAUGGCACUUUCCACAAGGGCAGAGUCUCCGCAGCGCGUGCGGCAGCAGAUGAUUUGUCGAAAGCAGAUACUGUUUCUCUUGUCGUAG